AACAGCCCAGCAGUGGCAUCCGGAAGUAAGUCGCCCAUCUGAGAAAAACGCACAGAGAUCAGACUGGUUAAAGCUGAUUUUUUUAUUUUUUGUUUGUUUUUUGCAAUAAUUAUCUUGAGAAAAUGCAACCGGACACUCUGUUGCACAUUGCCAACUUUAGCACGCUGUUCAUGUGCAUGGUGCUGAAGUUUCCUCAGAUCUUUGUACUGAUGCGAGCCAAGAGCGCGAGCGGAGUGAGCCUGAAGAGUCUUCUUCUGGAGCUCAUCGGGUUCAUUGUUUUUGUAACCUACCAGAUGUACUAUGACUACCCACCUCCCACAUACCUGGAGUACCCUAUUCUUAUUGCUCAAGAUGCCAUUCUCCUGCUCCUGAUUCUUCACUACAAUGGCAGCCUGAGGAUGGGCCUCAUCUACGCCUUCCUGUUUGUCGGAGGCUGGAGGCUCCUCACUCUGAAGAAGUGGAUCAUAGAUCUGGCUAUGAGCCUGUGCACGUUCAUUAGUGGCGCCAGCAAGUUUGCCCAGCUGCAGUGCCUGUGGAGUUCCAAGGAUGCUGCUCAGGUGAGCACCAGCACCUGGGCCAUGGCCACCUACACCUGUUUUGCGCGUAUCUACACCACCAUGGCCACAACUGGAGACACACAGGUGCUUGUGCGGUUUGGGGUCAUGACCCUGCUGAACCUGUGGGUGCUGCUCACUGUCAUCUACUACCAGAGAGCCAGCAGAUCCAAGAAGAAGGAUUAAAUCUACAGCUGCGGCGGAUGGAUCUGACAUCAUCAUUUUAGGACUCACCAACUGUUUACAAUCAAACAAUCUGUUGUUAUACUUGUGCUUUUUCAUGUACACCAUUUGUUACAUUCCAGACACCCAACUGAUGUCUUCUUAAUACUGUGAGUGUCACUGUGUUUCAAAGAGUGACUAACUCAGGAAGAAAUAUUGUAUUUUUAAUAACAUUUAAAGUGUAAAUAUUCUAAUUUGUUACCAAAUCAUAAUAAACUGAAAGUUUCACCUUUUCAAAAACUGAUUUCAGUGAGAGUCCAAAUAAUCCAAAACCCAAAACACAUCCAUGUCUUUAUUGUUGAAGUGGUUAUUAUCAAUAUAGAGCUGUUUGGUAGCAAACAUGAAGUUUGGAUGGAAAGCCCUUAAAUACACAGUGGACAAUGCCGCAUAAAUAACAAAAUGUGCAUGGUAUGAGGUAUAAAAUAUAUACUGUGGACAUUUAUAUGUAGAAAACAUGCUUCUUGGUUAAAGGACAGCUCUCCUACACUCUCUGCCUUCUGUGGCUCACAGACACACCGUGUGGCCAAACUCCAUGUUUGGUUACCUUUAAUACAAAAAUAUAAAGACAAACAAAAAUAAAGGAACAUUUUUGGACAA